AUUGCCUCAAUUAGGCUCCAUCCUCACUCUGUUCCAUUGUGAUCUGUACAUCAAAUACCUUUACUACAUCCGUUCCUCCCAUGGCCCUCCCUGUAUCUCACUACUUCUCCCAGCGAUGGCACACGACCCCGCUGCCGCGCCUGGUCGAUGAACUCGCCGAACUAUGUCCGAACCACCCUAUGGUCUCCCUACCGCGCAACAAGGACCGGCCGGAUGAAGGAUACCGUGACUACAGCAUUCAGGAGUUCUCCCGUGCGGUGAAUCGCGCCGCGUGGUGGAUUGAGCAGCACCUGGGACGCGCUCCGACCCGCUGGGCCACCCUGCAUUAUGUGGCUCCUCAAGACCUGUCGUACUUCAUUAUCACGUUGGCCGCCGUUAAAACAGGAUAUCAGACCCUGACUUGUCACCCCAGCGCGGACGUCGACACGCAUCUGUCGCUCAUGGAACACACUGACUGCCAGCUGCUGCUGUAUCCCCCCAGCUCACACACGUCGGCGAUGCAGAAGGUCAACGCCAUUCGAGCCUUCAAGUCCGGGCUGACCGCUCUCGUCACCCCGACGCUGGAGGAGUGGCUGGCCGCCGAGGGCGCCCCGACUCCCGUGUACCCCUUCACGCCAACAAUGGCAGAGGUGCUGCACGAUCCCUUCACCGUCAUUCAUAGCUCGGCCUCGACGGGGCCUGCCAAGCCCAUCGUCUUCACCCAUGCCACUGUCUACCUGCAGCCGGUGGGGUUUCAGAAGCUGCUGGAUCCCAGUCCGGUCAAUUACGAGCAGUGGCGCGGCCAGCGCGUCGGGGUGCUGACGCCCCUCUCCAUCGCCGCGGGCCUGUUCCCCUUCCUAGGCAUGAACUUCUGCUUUGAUCUGACCUUGGUGCUGCCCGCCGUGACAACAGGGCCUGGUCCUUCCAUGACCGCAACGCUGAUGGACCAGCUCCUACAACACGGCGACGUCUUUGCCUGUAUUAUGGGACCCAAGACCCUCCCCGAGACCUGCGCCAACCCGGCCUACGCCGCCAACCUACGCCGCGUGCGCCAGCUCGCCAUCGUCGGGGCUCCCUGCCCGCCGUACCUGGCCUCCCAAAUCACCGCGCACACCCAGAUCACCCACAUCUACGGCUCGUCCGAGUCUGGCACACUGCCCGCCGAGGUGCUGCCCGACCCGGCCGACUGGGCCUAUUUGAAGCUGAGUCCCGACGUGCCGCACGAAUACCGCCCCGUGUGCGGGCCCUACCACGAGCUGGUGCUGUUGCGACGUCCCGACGCGCCCGCCCAGCCCGUCUUCGCCAUGUUCCGCGACUGCGACGAGUAUCCCAUGGGUGACCUGUUCGCCCGGCAUCCCUCGCAACCAGAUUGCUGGCGCUACGGUGGCCGCCGCGCGGACCUCGUGGGCUCUCCGCCGCGUCGCUUCCUGCCCCGCGACAUGGAGUGGGUGCUGGAGGCCCAUCCGGCUGUACGCUGGGCCCUCAUUGCCGAGGAGCGCCACAGUAGCCUUGCCCUGCUGCUGGACCUCCACCCAGAUGCGCAAAGUGCGUUUCCUCCGACUACAGAUAUCUGGGACACUCUCCAGCCGUUGCUCGACCAGGCCAACGCGCUGUGUCCCAUCCUCGCCGCCCUCCGCCGAGAUCUUGUCGUCUUCACCGACCCGUCCCGGCCCCUGCCACUCAGCGUCAAAGGAAACCCGCAGCGCGCCCGCUCCCUCGAGCUCUACCGGUCGGAUAUCGAGGCCGUGUUCGGUUCGGAUGAGAGUCUUCACUAGGUGGUGCUCUCUCGGCACUCCUGGGAUGUGUGCUGCGUAACCGACCAAGGGUGUGUGUGGUAUGAGGCCUUUCCAUCCCCUCAGGAAUGCACGCAAUCGGUCAAUGCGCUCUUGCGUAUUGCUCGUUUGGGUGCCAUAAUGCAAAGUUGCAGAAGAGAUGCGGAUGCCCUGGCGCUCCUCAAUGACGAUACGAUUCAAGUACUUUAGACUGGAAAAUGACAACAUACUUCCACUCUCGCGCCAUCGCUUCUCGACUCAAUGAACGCGGGUGGCCAUUUCCCGCAUUUGGCGGAACUCAUCUCCGCUUUCAUGGCGUAGAGCAUUGCAGUUAUGGGUAUCUAGUCUUCGUUCAGGGUAGCUCUUCUCGUGCCCCAACAACAAUCUAUAGUAUUGAUCAAUUCCGGCCCGGAUUGGGGUAGCUUGAAGAUAGUCU